GCCCCCCGGCAACGCAGGCAUCACUGAGGCACUACAUUAGCAUCCAUUUUAUCUUGAAGCUCUUCCCUCUUUUACCUACGUAAACCUCUGGAGCCUCUACCACUGUUUAUCCGGAUUUUGGAUGAGGAACGGAUACGGUUGCCAUGGCAUUUUGAUAUUCUGAUUCUUCUGUUUUGAUAAGGAACAUGCACUGGAGAGAAAGAGGAAUGAAAGAACUCUGUGUGGUGGGGUUAGGAGGUAGCAGUGAACCUCCCGUUUUCGUCCAACCCCAGCGCACAACCAGAGGAAAGGUCAAUGAAGAACGGGGAUCUGCUAUUUCAUCGGGAACUGGUAGUGCUCAGAGAAGUGUAAAACCACGACUCUUUACCCCUUCAAAGCUCAGCAAUCCCAGACCAAACCUACCAGACAUCCUAGAUAAAAGAAGUGUCAUCACUAUACAAGGGAAGGCUAAGGCACUUCAUGGUAAUGUCUCAACUGUCUCCUGUAAGAGCGGUGAACCGAACCGGUUGAGCCCAGACGUUCUAAGCUUGGGACAGGAUAAUGAAAAGUCCAUCGCACAACGAAGUGAUGCCGAAAAGGACAGUGCGUCGGUUUCAGUCAGCCAGCCAGAUGCAAUAUCUGUGAGUAGCAGAAUGUUUUCUGAAAGAUCAGUGCCGACCAUGGCAACAUCUAACCACAGAAGGCCAUCUAAGUCGUGUGACCUGACCCGUAAUACAUUCUCUGUGACAUCGAUAGCAUUGACCAAAAGAGGUGACACGAGUCCAAGAUCGAGUCCUACGAAGUCUAGAUCAUCAUCAUUAGAUGGUGAUGUCUCGGUUAGGGUUGACCCCGAACCGAUGCCACCAAUCGGAAGGAAAGGUAACUUAAACGAAGGUCGCUUCAGCGAACAAACCCCGAAAAGAUUCUGUUCAAAGCCAUUCCCUUCGAGUAGGCAACGCAUGUUGAAAAACUUUCAGGAAAAGAUAAGAGUCCUCGAGGGCCAGGUUCAAGCAAACUUAAUUCCUCAUGAAUUGCAAAGUGGAAGUGUAAAGGCCUAUCAAAGACUAAUCAUUCUCAAUCAACGGCCCAAGACUCAACCCCCAGAAUCCCAAGAACCCACACGUGAACAUAAGCCCCGGGUGACAUUCGCUCCACAGACUGCGCCGGAGAUGACCUCACCGGCAACAGAUCUCGAGCACGUCUGGGCGUCCGAAGACAUACCGCACCCUACCGCAUCCAACAACAACAACACAGAACGCAAGAUGAUGAUGCACCUGAACCAGCUCUCGAAGAAAUAUCAGCAAGAGAAAACUGUGAAGUUUGCAUUGGACUCCCCUUCCACUCAGACCGAAUUCAUUGAUAGCGGCAUCAGCAACAAGAACAGAGUGAUCCCGAAAGAUGAGGUACCUCGAGAGAAGUUAGUGAACCAUUGGUUGAGUGAUUGCCCCGUUAUGGACCCACCUCAAACCACCUAUGGAGCUGCCAACUCAAUUCCUCGGAAGAAGAUUGUACUGAAUGUCCCUAGUACCAUGCAUGAUGUUCAAGAAGAGUCGUAGUUGAUGCAUAUUUUUAAAGAGUUAAAUUACGAUUCUGUCAAAGAACUGAUAUCAUAGAUGUAUACGUCAUUACUGUCCUGACGAGGAAACCAACAUGAACAAACAAGAUUUUCUCGGUACAUAGAUGAGCACUAAAUAUGCCAAACGCUAAUCUUUGUGCUAAGUUUCACGCAACAAGGACUACGUUAUAUGAUUUUCGUGCAAUAAUUGAUGCUAAUUGGUCUCUUUUGAUAUACACUUGAGAAGUGAUGGUCAAUGUAUAGAUGUAUUUAUUUUAAAACAUGCACGUUCUUGAAAUGGAAAAAAGCGUUUUUUGAGGGUUGUCCUAAAGUAUCUUAUUGAAAACAAAUUAAUAUUUGAGCGAAACUUUGAUGAUGUUUCGUAGAAAUAAAUAUACUCUAAAGAGGAAUGUCAACAUGAUUUUAGCCAUACACGAGAAAUAUUACCAUCUAUUUU